UUUCAGCACCUAAGAUUGAAGGUGGCCUCAAAGCUCCAGAUGUAGAUCUGAGUUUGCCCAAAGCUGACCUCAGUGGCCCCGAUCUUCAUUUGAAAGCCCCAGAUGCUGACAUAGAUUCCCCAUCAGGAAAGUUAAAAAUGCCGAAUUUAAAGAUGCCCAAGUUUGGUUUGUCAGGACCAAAGGUGAAAGGACCAGAUAUUGAUGCAGGACUGAAGACAACUGACUUGAAUCUUUCAGCACCUAAAUUUGAAGGUGACCUCAAAGCUCCAGAUGUAGAUCUGAGUUUGCCCAAAGCUGACCUCAGUGGCCCCGAUCUUCAUUUGAAAGCCCCAGAUGCUGACAUAGAUUCCCCAUCAGGAAAGUUCAAAAUGCCGAAUUUAAAGAUGCCCAAAUUUGGUUUGUCAGGACCAAAGGUAAAAGGACCAGAUAUUGAUGCAGAUCUGAAGACACAUGACCUGAGUCUUUCAACUCCAAAAAUUGAAGGAAACCUGAAAGCUCCAAACGUGGACCUACAUUUACCCAAAGCUGACCUCAAAGGUCCUGACCUAGCCCUGAAAGCUCCAAAUGUUGACCUUGAUGCAGAUCUGAAGACACCAGACUUUAACUUCUCAACUCCCAAGAUUGAGGGAGAACUCAAUGCUCCAGACAUGGAUGCUCCAUCAGGGAAAUUAAAAAUGCCUAAUUUUAAGAUGCCCAGCUUUGAUUUGUCUGGUCCAAAGGUGAAAGGACCAGAUAUUGAUGCGGACCUGAAGACCCCUGGUUUGAAUUUCUCUGUGCCUAAGAUUGAAGGUGACCUCAAAGCUCCAGGUGUAGAUCUGAGUUUGCCCAAAGCUGACCUCAGUGGCCCUGAUCUUCAUUUGAAAGCCCCAGACGCUGAUAUAGAUUCCCCAUCAGGAAAGUUCAAAAUGCCAAAUUUAAAGAUGCCCAAGUUUGGUUUGUCAGGACCAAAGGUGAAAGGACCAGAUAUUGAUGCGGAUCUGAAGACACCUGACCUGAGUUUCUCAGCACCUAAGAUUGAAGGAGACCUCAAAGUUCCCAAUGCAGAUCUGAGUUUACCUAAAGCUGACCUCAAAGGGCCUGAGCUAGACCUGAAAGCUCCUGAUGUUGACAUAGAUGCUCCAUCAGGAAACUACAAAAUGCCAACUUUAAAGUCUAAACUCGGUUUUUCAGGACCAAAGGUGAAAGGACCCAAACUUGAUGUCGAUGCAGAUAUGAAAACACCGGAUCUGAGUCUCUCAGCCCCCAAGAUUGAGGGAGGCCUUGAUGGACCAAAUCUGGAUCUGAGCUUGCCUAAAGCCGAAGUUGAUGGUACAAACGUGGAUGUUGAGUCCCCUGAUGUAAAAGGAAAAUUCAAAUGGCCCUUUAAGUGGGGUUUUGGCUCAAAGGACAGCACAGAUGUUGACACAGAGAUCCCAGAUGAAAAUGGGGCACAUGAUGUAACAGAACCAACUAUAAAAUUACCGAAAGGUAUGGCAGAAGUACCAAUGUUCAAACUUCAUAGACUGCCUGAUCUUAAUUUUGAGAUUCCACAGAUACGUUCUGGAACCCUUGAUCGUGGAAUGGACUCUCCAAAAACAAAUCUUGAUGCAAAUAUGACAAUAUCAACACCAAAAGUUGAUCUAAAAGCUCCAAACAUCAGCACUGACAUACAGCAUGGUCAACCUGAGAUCCCAGAACAGGAAAGUAGCCUCAAGGGUCCAAAACUUGACUUAGGAUUUCCCCAAGUGAACAUGCCUUCUGUUGAUGGCUAUGUGCCAGAUAUUCUGGGGAUGAAAGGAGAGCAGGCAACAUCACCAUCAAUUGACAUCAAAGAAAGACUGAAGUUAUUUAAGGACUCUUUUUCCAAAUCAGUUGACAACUCCGAAAACUGACAUCUCACCCGUAGAAGUAGCGGGUAACAUUUAAAGUCAGCAAGCCAGAUGCUGACAAGGCCUACCCUUUGGUAAAUGCACAAAUCAGUUUGCCAACAGUGGAUGCAUAAAAUUUGAUUAAGUAAGCACAUUCAAGGUAAUUUAUGUUUGGGGAAACAAUAAAAACAGAAUAAACUAUUUACUAUCAGAAUAGUUUAUGAGCAUGUAAAAAUGUGCAACCUUGAACAACUGUAAUUAUAUUUGUUGUAAAUAUGCCAUUGUAAGUAUAUACUUAUGUGUGUAUUUUUCUUGUCAGUGAGCCACUACUAUGCAUUAUCACAUAUUUGUUUAAAAGCAUCUUGAAGCAUAAAAAUAUGUUCACGUACAAAUAACAAUAUUCUGGUAAAUGGAAGCAUCUGUAUUUCUACUGAGACAUUGUAUACAUGUACAAUUCCCCCCACUUGUGUACAAUACUUAUUAAGCCUGGCCCUUAUACAAUUGUGAUUUUCAUAAGGGAUUGAAUAUAGUAUCAUUUUUUUCACAUUUUCAAUUAUUCCAGCUGUUUACUAUUUGCUUUGAUUGGAUGCAUACACCCGAUUAAACGUUUCAAUAAAUUGUGUAA